UGCAGAAGAGCUCACUGCCAUUUUUUCAGUUGAGAAGAUUGGCUAUUUUUCUAAAAGCAAAGCCCUAGGAUGGAACUAUUUUGAGAGAGUUUCAUGGCCUGUGUUGUCAUGGAGGUCAGACUGCAUGAUCAUUUUUAAGCCCUUCUGGCCUUGGAAUCUAUGAAUAUGUGAAACCUAUUCUGUGAGACCUAAAUCUUCCUGCACAUGCUAAGUCUGUGUGUUGGAUUUAGUGCAGGGGAUUCCCAUCCAUGGGUACUUGGGAUGAGGCAUUAACACUCCCCCCUUAAAUUGUUAAACUGUGCCAAAGCUGAUCUGUAAUGACUGCUGUGGCCUUUGGGAAGUUGCUCCCACAUCCCAGCUCUGGAAGUGCUAAUGACCGAUAGAGAGCGAUAGAUAGUGAUGGCUGCAUCACUGAUCCUUUUCCUUCCUGUCCCACCUCUAAUCCUCAAAACCUGAUGCUUGGGCAUAGUCAGGGAGCUUGCAGGAAGCGUGCAGACUCCAUGUACAUGUUCCCAAAAUUGUGUCCCUUUCUCUACACGCCAUUUUUUAUUCAGACAUGGGCACUAUUCCCAAAAAAUUGCCUAUUUUCUCAUUUUUAUCAUAAAAUUACAGAUAAUUUGGAAUAUAAAUAUUGUACUUACACUUCAGUAAAUAAUAUAGAGAGCAAUAUAAAUAAGUUAUUGUCGGUAUGAUAUUUUAUUUUGUACUAGUACUUUCUAUGUAGCCUGUUGUAAAAUGAAACACAUAUGUAAAUGAGUUAAUGUACCCCUGGAAGAUAUCUGCAUACUUCUGGUUGAGAACCAGCAGGAACUGGACUUUAGUUAACGUUAAAAUUCAGUUAACAUUAAAAUUGCCAGUAUUUCAUUAAAAGCCUGCAUAUAUAAAUAUGCCUUGCAUUGAGCUCUAAUGAUCACUUAGUAUGAGCUCUAAGUAGCAUUUAAGGGGGCAUAUCCACAAUAUAGGACACCUUCUAAUGAUAAUUCCCUGCUGUCGGGCUCAGACAAGGAAACUGUUUGUUCUAGUCUAUUCUAUUCUAUGUACGUUCUUGUACCACCCUCAUCACUUUAGUAUCUGAGAGCCUUCUAGUAAUGCAUUGAGCAAUGUGGCUAAUGUAUGUCAUGCAUUUGUUCAUUCCAGGAAAUGGCCACAAGAUGGAUCCACAGAUCAUAACUGUCAUUACUGGGCAUGAGAAGGAUAUCUGAAGUAGCUGAUUUUCAGAUGGCCAAUGAAGCGAGACCUUGCCCAUGUGACAUUGGAGACAGGUUUGAGUAUGGGGGCCUUGGGCAGGAAGUGCAAGUUGAGCACAUCAAGGCAUAUGUUUGCAAACCAUCCGUCAGCACGGAAAAAGCUGUGAUUGUGAUUCAAGAUAUAUUUGGAUGGCAACUCCCAAAUACCAGAUAUGUAGUCGACAUGCUGGCAGCUAAUGGAUACACAGCCAUCUGCCCAGACUUUUUUGUGGGAAAAGAACCUUGGAAUCCUUCUGAUGACUGGUCCACUUUUGGUGAAUGGCUGAAAACUCGAGAUGCCAGAAAAAUAGACAAGGAAGCUGAUGUUGUCUUGAACUAUCUAAAGCAGCAAUGCAGCACAAAGAAGAUCGGUGUUGUUGGGUUUUGCUGGGGUGGAAUUGUUGUACAUCACCUGAUGAUGAAAUAUCCUGAGUUAAAGGCAGGUGUGUCUGUCUAUGGAAUAAUCAGGGAUUCUGAUGAUAGAUACAAAUUACUGAACCCGACGUUUUUCAUUUUUGGCGAAAAAGACAAUGUCAUUCCUCUUGACCAAGUCACCCUACUGGAGCAGCAACUGAAACAACAUUGUAAAGUUGAUUACAGAGUUAAAAUUUACCCUGGACAAACUCAUGGUUUUGUACAUCGCAAGAGAGAAGAUAUUAAUCCUGAAGAUAAACCUUACAUUGAAGAAGCAAGAAAGAACAUGAUCAGCUGGCUAAAUAAAUAUAUUUAACAGAAAUAUACAGUCAGAUCUGUAAAACAAAAUCACCUAAUAUACUGUGAUAAUCACUUGAUUAAAUUAUACUUUAAGGGGGAAAGUAUUUGCUAUAAUUAUUUUAGGGCUAAAUAUAUAUUUGAUAAAUUAUAUGUUAGAGAACACAUAAGGACCAUAUUAUUAGAAAUUUGACAAUUUCACAGAGACGGAUACUAAAAUGAACUGUACUUUUCAUUUGUAGUUUUAAACACAUCAUUUCAAGCUGAUUUUUUAAACCAUUCUCAGAUUUAAUUUAGAUUAAUAUUGUUAUAAUGCGCUGGGGAAAUGUCUCCAAGUUUCUUGAGAUUUAUGCUCUUCGCAUGUUUGGUUACUUACGAUUAAUUUUGCAUUGUGGUCCAAUUCAGCAAAGUAUAUAAACGUGCUUGAAUCACUAAUGCCUGAUUUAAGCACAUUCAUAGAUUCUUUGCUGAAUCCAAACCUUAGAACAGACUUCUUUGUCCAGUUUGGAUUUCACAGAUGUCAUCAGUGGAAUACAUUUGCUCUCAAUUUUGGGGGUGGAUUGGGUAACAACAGUCAAUUACUUUUUCAGAUGACCUUGGGUCUUUCUCCAUGAGACUCCUGGCUGCUUCUUGGCCUACAUUUACCACAGGUUAAACAUUUACAUUGAUAUUAUAAUAAUGAGUGAGGGAACUUCUUACUGUGCUAUUGUGCACUAUGGUUGCUAUUAAAAAUAAACUUUAUACUAUUAUCUACCUUAUUGUAAUUUAAUGCACUGUUUUCCAUUUCUGUCAGUGGAUAUCUUACUGAGAAAAGAAUUAUAUAGUAAAAUAAAAUAACUUCUUCCUAAUGGAGCCUCUGAGUAUAAGCAUACAGCAUCAAAUAAUUAUAUGUUAAUGUUUUAGUAUCAUUUCAAAAUAAUAAAGAAAUGUUUUGUUUGAGUG